AUGACUUUUCUGGUGGUAUCGAAACCUAACCCUUUCACAUGCGGGGCUCAACAAUUUGGAAUCGGUCUAUGCUUCUCUAUAACUUACGCAUCCAUUUUAACAAAGACCAACCGGAUCGCACGGAUCUUUCGCGCCGGCAAGCGCACUGCAAAACGACCGAAAUUCAUCAGUCCUAGAUCACAGCUCUUCAUUUGUGGUUCAUUAGUUUCUUUACAAUUGGCAAUCGGGGUAGUAUGGCUAAUGAUGAGCCCACCAAUUGCAAUCCCAUUCUAUGCUAAUCGUAAUGAUCAUCAGCUGAUAUGUAAGGCAGCCCGAGGCUUUUCUUAUAUGAUUGGUUUUUCAUACCCGAUCCUUUUGGUGAACAUAUGUACCAUUUACGCAAUACUCACACGAAAGAUACCCGAGGCUUUCAACGAAUCUAAAUAUAUAGGUUUUACAAUGUACACUACAUUCAUCAUAUGGUUGGCCUUCGUGCCAAUCUAUUUCACAACAGCUCACAAUAUUAAAGUCCGUAUGGCAACGAUGUGUGUUUCCAUAAGUUUAAGUGCAACAGUGGCGCUCCUAUGUAUGUUUACGCCUAAACUUUAUAUUAUUCUGCUUCAUCCAGAAAGGAAUGUUCGUCAGUCUAUGAUGGCAAGCAAGAUGAUGGUCCCUAAAACAAAUUCUUCAACGGCUCGAGUCGAUUCCGGCACGCAAGCAGAUGGUACGUGGCUCUCAAAUUAUUUUCUUGUUUUCUUUUAUUUCAUACUGGAGAAAUUGAAAUAG